UUUAUGACGUCCAUCAACUUCCGCCCACGACGUCAUCACUAUCAGACAACAUGGCGGCGCCCCGUAUGCGGACCGUGGGCUCUAUUUUCGUAAAAUGUGGGACUUGCAGCUCGGGUUUAAACAAUGUGGCGUCGCUUUUAAGUCGACAGGUGCUGAGCCGGGGGAUUCGCGUGGGCUCUGCCCUGCAGAGGAAGAACCUGGCGGCUGCGGGGCCGGAGAAGUUCACGGCGGAAUUCAUCCAGAAGCAGGUGGAGGAGUUUGACAUCGGGAAACGCCACCUGGCUAACAUGAUGGGAGAAGAUCCCGAGAGCUUCACCCAGGAGGACGUAGAUAGGAGCAUCGCGUACCUCUUCCCCUCCGGCCUGUUUGAGAAGAGAGCCCGGCCCCUCAUGAAGCAUCCAGAGGAGAUAUUUCCUCAGCAGAGAGCCGUCCAAUGGGGAGCAGACCGGCGGCCGUUCCACUUCCUGUUUUACACGGGCAAACAGUCGUACUUCUCGCUGAUGCAUGAACUCUACGGGAAGACCCAGAAGAUCGAGAAGCACCAAGACCGCCUGAGAGCCAAGGGGCUCUUCUCCAAGGACACCAAGCCGAUCUCCCUGGGAACGAGCAGGUGGCUGUCGAAGGAGGAGCUGGAAGCGCUGCUGGUCGAGACCAUCUCCACCCACGACUACAAUCGCUUCAUCCAGCUGAUGGAGCGCCUGCUGUCCAUGCCCUACUGCGCCACGGAGGAGGACUUUGUCCAGCGUUACCGCCGGCAACUGGAGUCCCUCUCCAAGAGGCAGGCGGUGCCCACGGUGGAGCGAGACGAAAGGGGCGUGGCCUACAGCGCCGCAGACGGUCGGAGGAAGACGUCUACCUCCUCCGUGGUCCUCAGAGACUGCGGCUCAGGACGCAUCGCCGUCAACGGCAGCGACUACCUGCACUACUUUCCCGUGCUGCAAGAUAGAGAGCAGCUGAUGUUCCCGCUGCAGUUCAUGGGCGUGCUCGGGCGCUUCGAUCUGGAGUGCACGGUGAGCGGCGGCGGGCGAUCCAGCCAGGCGGGGGCGCUGCGGCUCGCCGUGUCCCGAGCGCUGCUCGGCUUCCUGCCCGAAGGGGAGGGGGAGGCCAUGAGACAAGCUGGUCUGCUGACCCCUGACCCCAGAGUGAGGGAGAGGAAGAAGCCGGGGCAGGAGGGGGCACGGAGGAAAUUCACCUGGAAGAAACGCUGAGGAGGAGAAACCACCUCCACUGGACUGUUCAUACGAUGCAUACAGACUCUUGGUGUUAAUGUUCCCUCAGCUAAAGCGCUCCGUUUCCCAGAAGCCCCGUCACCUCGGCUUAUUUAAGCUCCUGGAAGAACAGAGCGCCUUUGAUCAAUCUGCAGCACUGACUGCGAGCUGCAGGGAGCCCUUCGGCCACCAGGUGGAAGUGUGUGUGUUUGUGUGUGUGUGUGUCAAGGAACAAGUUAAAUAUGUUCAUCAAGAUAUUAAACAAUCUUUUAUGUGUAUCUUUGUUAUUUGUGUGCAUUGUUCCUGUCAUGGUUCUCUCUCAUUUUGUUUGCUUGUGAUUACUUCCAUGUGUAAUCAUUUUAUGUUUUAUCGUCUUACACAUAUGGGAAAAUGUUUUGGACUUGGUGAUUUCGUUCAGUUAUAGUUCAACACUUAAAACCAUUAAUUAGGAAACUCAAUUGAUUAUCAUUUUUCAGCGAUAAAACUGUCCAUGGCUGAAGAUGUAUAAUAUAAAAGUGUCAUGAGUAGCUUCGUCCACAAGAUGUCACCAAAUACAUGCGGCUUCUGCCUCUGACUUUAUUGAUCUACAUGUUCCAUAAGAUCUGUUCAGAGCAAUUAGGUAAUUAAUUGAUCUGAUAAAUGCUUCGCAAUGCUCAGUGCAGUACCUCUGCUACAGAAUACAAACACGUCUCAAAUAGGGUCGAACAAUGUGUUUAAUGGUGUCAAAUUAAAACGAGAAAACGCC